AUGGUCAGGGCAGCGGCAAUGGUCAAGGUGAUGGCCAGGGCCAAGGCAAUGGUCAGGGCAGCGGCAAUGGUCAAGGUGAUGGCCAGGGCCAAGGCAACGGUCAGGGCGAUGGCCAGGGCCAAGGCAGCGCGGCAAUGGUCAAGGUGAUGGCCAGGGCCAAGGCAACGGUCAGGGCGAUGGCCAGGGCCAAGGCAGCGGUCAGGGGCAAGGCAGUCAGGGACAAGGACAAGGCAGUGGCAACGGUCAAGGUGACGGCCAAGGCCAAGGACAAGGCAGUGGCCAAGGACAAGGCAGUGGCCAGGGCCAAGGCAGUGGCCAGGGCCAAGGCAGUGGCCAGGGCCAAGGCAGUGGCCAGGGCCAAGGCAGUGGCCAGGGCCAAGGACAAGGCAGUGGCCAAGGACAAGGCAGUGGCCAAGGACAAGGCAGUGGCCAAGGACAAGGCAGUGGCCAAGGACAAGGCAGUGGCCAAGGACAAGGCAGUGGCCAAAGCAGUGGUCAGGGACAAGGCAGUGGCCAAGGGCAUGGCAGUGGCCAAGGACAAGGUAACGGCCGACGCUGAUAGCCAAGACUGGCGACCGAACUUACCACAUUCCUCUAAUUACCUCUUCAUCUGCGAAAUGUACACCCGAGUAAUCAAAUAUGAGAAAAUUCGAUUCUGCAAGACCAUUCUCUUUCAUUGGUGAAGACCCCUAAACAACUGGUUGGCUGUCACCCGCUCGAAACCAUCCAGGUACAUUGGCCGAGGAGGGCUGUUGUGAAACAAAGACAAGGACAAUGGUAAUGAUUCAACCAGAUGAAAAGACUAGUUCAAUAACAGAUC